GAGUUGGCACUGAAGAUUGCUAGUAAAAUUAGAGCUAAUGAGAGGUUUGCAGUGUAUGUCAUUAUUCCAAUGUGGCCUGAAGGUGAUCCUAAAUCUGAUCCCAUGCAGGAAAUUCUCUUUUGGCAGUAUCAGACAAUGCAGAUGAUGUAUGAAGUUGUUGCAAAUGAAUUAAGAUCCAUGCAGCUUCCUGACUCCCAUCCUCAAGAUUACCUCAAUUUCUAUUGUCUCGGUAACAGGGAAAAAAUGCCUGAGGAAAAGCUGGCUGGCAAUGGUGAUAAGGUCUCUGAUUCACAAAAAUUUCAGAGAUUCAUGAUUUAUGUGCAUGCUAAGGGAAUGAUUGUAGAUGAUGAAUAUGUGAUAAUUGGAUCUGCUAAUAUUAACCAAAGAUCAAUGGCUGGUACAAAAGAUACUGAGUUAGCUAUGGGUGCCUAUCAGCCUCAUCACACAUGGGCUAGGAAGAAAAGGCAUCCACGCGGCCAGGUAUAUGGGUAUAGAACAUCACUGUGGGCAGAGCAUCUUGGGACCGUGGAUAAAUGCUUCAAUGAGCCAGAAAGCCUGGAAUGUGUAAAGGCGGUGAACGCAAUCGCUGAAGAUAACUGGAAGAGAUUCACAGCUGAUGAAUUUACAUCACUGCAGGGCCACCUUCUCAAGUAUCCUAUUCAGGUAGGUGAAGAUGGAAAAGUAGGUCCCGAGCCCGGAUUUGAGAACUUCCCAGAUGUUGGUGGUAAAGUAAUUGGAGCACAGUCCCGUAAGGUUCCCGAUAUUCUUACCACGUAAUCUUUCUGGGUUCAUACAAGACGAGUGAUGAUGCAACAUUAUCAUCUCUCUCAAACUUUUUGGGUUUUUAAUUAUUGGUUAAUUCUUUAGCCAAAAGCCAAAAUUGCUACUGAUUAAGUUUUUUUUUUUUUUUUUUGAUCUUGAGUUGCACAUUCGUUUCAUGUCUCUUAACUUUUACUGAAGUUGUUCAGUUUGUUAGAAUUAAUUCAUUGUUCAAGUGGAGUUUAUAAAUGUGUGACUGUGUGGAAUAUUGUGUAAUUAGGAUUGAUUGUGGAAUUUUUUUUUUUUUCAAUAAGAAAGGAAUAAAGUAUUUUAUUAAUG